CGUGAAACAAAGUCACGAAAUUAGCAAAAACAAUUAAAUUUAAAGCUAUUUUCAUUAAAUUUAGCUUAAAAUUUGACAUUUUCCUAUUCUGAAGUUGAUCUUUGUGGAUUUUAACGGAAUCGAGUGAGGUACGAAUCGCAGGAGACGAUUGCCGACCCGAUAAACAUCGUCAUCAGACACGUUCAAGCCAGCAAAUUAAAUAAAAGGAAGAAAAUCAAGUCUCACGCAUCAAAAAUCGACGACUCAGAGAUGGAUCCAUCGAAGCAAAUGACGCAAGAAGAGAAACUCGCCGCCCGCAAAGCGAAGAAAAACGCAAAAAAAGAACAAAAAACCGCAAAAACAACGCAAGAACCGAAAAUUUCAACUCCUGAAAAGAAACCUGAGCCAAAAAUCAGCUUGGAAGCUGCUGUUGCUGUCGCCGUUGCGACUUCCGAGACCAAAUCCGAACAAAAAGCGAAAGCUGAACCCCCAAAAAUGACCGAAAAAUCCCGCGAAGAAAUCGAAGCCGAACGAAAAGCGAAGAAAUUAGCGAAACAACAGGGAAAACAACAAAAAUCCGCACCUCCGGCAAGCGCCAAGCCCGAAAUUGAUCCUCAGGAAAAACUUAUGAAAGCAAUUUUGACGCCGAAAGCGACUUCAACGACUUCUUUGGAACAAAAAAUGGAAAAAUUAACACUGAAUGACGAAGCGAAACCAACUUCUUCCGCGAAAACUUUGACAAAAGCUGAACGACGGGCCAUUCAAGAGGCACAACGAGCGGCAAAAGCACAAAAACAGCAGCAAGCGACACAAAAUAAAAGCAAGGAAGGCACGAAAGUAGCUCCAACAAAGGCAAAAACGACGGAAAUGACGUCGCCUUCGGAAAAAAGUCCUGUGCCGAUUACGGUUUUGAAGUCAACAAAGAUGCAAUUGUUGCAUAAAGUGAAGCUUUUUAAUCAUUUGUACACGGAAAAGUGCGUUUUUGACACGCCUGUGAACACAGACACGAUUCAUCCGGAAAUUGUUCGGCUUGGAGUGCAGUACAGCAAUGGGUUGAUUGUUGGAGCGAACGCGAGAUGUAUUGCUUUUCUGCAUGCGAUGAAAGAGAUGAUUCGUGACUUUUCAACGCCUCCGCAGAAAGAAUUCUCACGAGAAUUGGAAGCUUUAAUUAAACCUGCUGUGGCGUACCUGAAAUUAUGUCGACCAUUAUCUGUCACGAUGACCAAUGCUCUUCGAUAUAUCAAGUUUCAAUUGACUCAAUUAAACAACGAUGACAAAGAUGAAACGAAACGCGAUAUUUUAUUAGAUGCAAUCGAUACUUACAUCAGGGAUCAAAUUGAAAAAGCAGCACAAGCCAUCAGUAUCUCCGUGCAAGAAAAAAUUGCCGACGGAGAUGUCAUUUUAACUUACGGAUGCUCGUCACUCAUCAAACACAUUUUAGAAGCAGCUCGUUCUCGAAACGUCGAUUUCCGCGUAAUUGUCGUCGAUGCUCGUCCCCGUCACGAAGGGCAAGAAAUGUUAAAACGUCUUAUCGCGCAAGGAAUCGAUUGCACUUGUGUUCUCAUCAACGCCGUCGGUUUUAUCAUGCCUGAAGUGACAAAAGUUCUUCUUGGAGCGCACGCUUUGCUCGCUAAUGGUUAUGUCAUGUCUCGUGUCGGCACUGCACAAAUUGCCCUCAUUGCGAAAUCCUUCAAUGUGCCCGUUUUGGUGUGUUGCGAAACGCAUAAAUUUAGCGAAAGGGUGCAAACUGACGCUUUUGUCUACAACGAAAUUGGCGAUCCGGAGGAUUUAGUCGUGAAAGAAGGUCCUGUCAAAGAUCCGUUGGCGAAUUGGGUGAAUGUGCAACAUUUGACGCCGCUAAAUUUGUGUUACGAUGUCACGCCGCCCGAAUUGGUGACAGCAGUUGUUACUGAAGUUGCCAUUCUUCCAUGCACAAGUGUUCCCGUCAUUUUGAGAAUUAAACCGUCGGAAGUUGGAUACUAAAAAAAAUUAAAAAAAAAUUGAAAAUGUUGAAAAACACUCGAAAAUUGGUUAUUUGUUGCGUAAA